AUGGAUGGUGAAAUCCCUGUGUACACUCUGGAUGAGGCACUUGCUUCAGUGGGGUUUGGGAAAUUCCAAGUGCUGCUGCUUGCUUAUGCUGGUCUGGGUUGGUUUUCAGAAGCAAUGGAACUUAUGAUUCUCUCUUUUGUGGGUCCAGUGGUUAAGUCUCAGUGGGAUCUCUCCCCGGGCCAAGAGAGUCUGCUAUCAACGGUUGUCUUUGCUGGUAUGCUUGUUGGAGCAUUUUCUUGGGGUCUGGUUUCUGAUUGCUAUGGGAGGAGGCAAGCUAUUUUUUCAUUUUCUUCCAUUAUUAUCUGCUUUGCCUUGGUAGCAAUCUCCUCUGUUCCAUUCACAGUGAUGAAGGGUUUGCUAGGAUUAACUCUUCUAACUAGCGGAGCUGGAUUACUGAGUGCUUUCUCCCCAAAUUAUGCAUCUCUGUUAAUUCUUCGUUUUUUGGUUGGCGCUGGAGUAGGUGGAACCACUGUAUUCUGCUCCUGGUUUCUGGAGUUUGUUCCAGUUUCACAUAGAGGCAAAAGGAUGGUUCUGCUCUCAAUGUUAUGGACAUUUGGAACCCUUUUUGAGGUUGCACUUGCAUGGUCUCCGAGGUAUCUAUGCAUGAAAGGUAGAAUAAACGAUGCAUGUAAUAUUCUCGAGAAGAUAGCUCGGAUGAACCAGUCAAAGCUCCCUCCUGGAAUGCUUGUUCCUGACAGUACAAUUGGACUGGAUGAAGAAUAUGCAGCAUCAGAAUGUACCCCUCUACUCUCCACAACUAGAAAAAUGGAUUUGGAUUUUAGAUCAGGCUUCUCGUCAUUUGUUAUGCUUUUCUCCCCAAAACUAAUUCGAACGACACUUCUUCUGUGGGGGGUAUACUUUGGAAAUAUAUUCUCAUAUUAUGGUAUCCUGUUAUUGGCUUCAGAGCUAAGUAGGGAGCAGAGCCAAUGUGGCUCCAGUACUGUUUUCCGUUCAGAAAAUCUUCAGGAUGACAGCCUCUACAUAAAUGUAUUUAUUACUAGUUUGGCAGAGCUACCUGGGGUCAUUUUAUCAGCAAUUUUAGUGGAUUCGAUUGGACGCAAGCUCUCGACAGCAUUUAUGUUUGUCUCAGCUUUUGUUUUCCUUUUACCUCUGGUUUACCAUCAAUCUUCAACUUUAACAACAGCGUUGUUGUUCGGAGCUCGCAUGAGUACCAAAGUAUCCUCCACGCUUGGUGAAAUAUACGCCCAGGAGGUAAGCCCGGGAAUGUUAUAUCCAACGACCGUGAGGGCAACUGGUGCUGGAGUUUCAAGCGCUGUAGGGAGGGUUGGGGGCAUGAUAUGCCCUCUCGUAGCGGUCGGACUGGUGACUGGUUGCCAUAUUGCAGAAGCUGUCAUUCUAUGUGACGUUGUGAUGGCUAUUUCAGCAGUCUGUGUCCUGCUCAUCCCAUCUGAAACCAAGGGACAGAAAUUGAGUGACAGCAUAGAUCAUGAAUUGGAUUCAAAACAAGUUGUUGCUUAUGCAGUUAUGCCCAUGAAUGAACCUGCACCUGAGGAGAGCUCCAUCAGAAUGGAUGGCGAAAGCUCUGUGUACACUCUUGAUGAGGCACUUGCUUCUGUGGGCUUUGGGAAAUUCCAAGUACUGGUGCUUCUUUACACUGGUCUUGGUUGGUUUGCAGAAGCAAUGGAACUUAUGAUUCUCUCUUUUGUUGGACCGGUGGUUAAGUCCCAGUGGGACCUCUCGUCAAGCCAGGAGAGUAUUCUAACAACUGUUGUUUUUGCUGGCAUGCUUGUCGGAACCUUUUCUUGGGGCCUUGUUUCAGAUCACUAUGGAAGAAGGCAAGCCAUUUUGUCCUUGAAGGGUUUGCUAGGAAUAACUCUUCUAACUAGCGGAGCUGGAUUAUUGAGUCCUUUCUCCCCAAAUUAUGCAUCUCUGGUAAUUUUUCGUUGUUUGGUUGGCUUUGGCGUUGGCGGUACAACUGUAUUCAACUCCUGGUUUCUAGAGUUUGUUCCUGUUGCGCAUAGAGGCACAAGGAUGGUUCUCAUCUCAAUGUUCUGGACAUUUGGAACUAUUUUUGAGGCUGCACUUGCAUGGAUUGUGAUGCCAAGAUUGGGUUGGAGAUGGCUACUUGCACUCUCCUCUUUACCAUCAAUUGCUAUGGUUCUCUUUUAUUCUCUAGUACCAGAGUCUCCGAGGUACUUAUGCAUGAAAGGUAGAAUAGCCGAUGCACAUAAUAUUCUGGAGAAGAUAGCUCGGCUGAACCAAUCAAAACUCCCUCCUGGAAUGCUUGUUUCUGAUAGUAAACUUGAACUGGAUGAAGAAUUUGCUGCAUCAGAAGAUACUCCUCUACUCUAUUCAACUAGAAAAAUGGAUUUGGAUUUUAGAUCAGGCUUCUCAUCAUUUUUUACUAUUUUCUCAUCAAAACUAAUUCGAACAACACUUCUUCUGUGGGAGUUAUACUUUGGAAAUGUAUUCUCAUAUUAUGGUAUCAUGUUGCUGGCUUCAGAGCUAAGUAGAGGGCAAAGCAAGUGUGGCUCAAGUACUGCCUUGCAAUCAGAAAAUCUUCAGGAUGACAGCCUCUACGUAAAUGUAUUUAUUACUAGCUUGGCAGAGAUUCCUGGGCUUCUUUUAUCAGCAAUUAUGGUAGAUAGAAUUGGCCGCAAGCUUUCGAUAUCAUUUUUGUUUGUGCUGGCUUGUAUUUCCCUUUUACCUCUGGUUUACCAUCAGUCUGAAACUUUAACAACAGCAUUGUUGUUCGGAGCUCGCAUGAGUAGCAGAGGAGCCUUUGCAAUUUCUUCAAUAUAUGCUCCAGAGUUAUAUCCAACGGCUGUGAGGGCAACUGGUGCUGGAGUUGCAAGUUCUGUAGGAAGGGUUGGCGGCAUGAUAUGUCCUCUCGUGGCAGUUGGACUGGUGACUGGUUGCAAGCUUACAGAAGUUAUCAUUCUGUUUGAGGUUGUGAUGGCUAUUUCAGCAGUCUGUGUCCUGCUCAUCCCGUUUGAAACCAAGGGACAGGUUUUAAGUGACUGCGUAAACGUAUCUGAUUCAGAACAAGUUGUUGCUAGGGAUGGUGAAAGCUCUGUGUACACUCUGGAUGAGGCACUUGCUUCUGUGGGCUUUGGGAAAUUCCAAGUACUAGUGCUUCUUUACACUGGUCUUGGUUCUCUUGCAGAAGCAAUGGAACUUAUGAUUCUCUCUUUUGUGGGACCGGUGGUUAAGUCCCAGUGGGACCUCUCCUCAAGCCAAGAGAGUAUUCUAACAACUGUUGUUUUUGCUGGCAUGCUUGUCGGAACCUUUUCUUGGGGCCUUGUUUCAGAUCACUACGGAAGGAGGCAAGCCAUUUUGAAGGGUUUGCUAGGAAUAACUCUUCUAACUAGCGGAGCUGGAUUAUUGAGUCCUUUCUCCCCAAAUUAUGCAUCUCUGGUAAUUUUUCGUUGUUUGGUUGGCUUUGGCGUUGGCGGUACAACAGUAUUCGGCUCCUUGUUUCUGGAGUUUGUUCCUGUUGCUCGUAGAGGCACAAGGAUGGUUCUCCUCUCAAUGUUCUGGACAUUUGGAACUAUUUUUGAGGCUGCACUUGCAUGGAUUGUGAUGCCAAGAUUGAGUUGGAGAUGGCUACUUGCACUCUCCUCUUUGCCAUCAAUUGCAUUGCUUCUUGUUUAUUCUCUAGUACCAGAGUCUCCGAGGUACUUAUGCAUGAAAGGUAGAAUAGCCGAUGCACAUAAUAUUCUGGAGAAGAUAGCUCGGCUGAACCAAUCAAAACUCCCUCCUGGAAUGCUUGUUUCUGAUAGUACACUUGAACUGGAUGAAGAAUUUGCUGCAUCAGAAGAUACUCCUCUACUCUAUUCAACUAGAAAAAUGGAUUCAGAUUUCAGAUCAGGCUUCUCGUCAUUGGCUACGCUUUUCUCAUCAAAACUAAUUCGAACAACACUUCUUUUAUGGGAGUUAUACUUUGGAAAUGUAUUCUCAUAUUAUGGUAUCAUUUUGCUGGCUUCAGAGCUAGGUAGAGGGCAAAGAAAAUGUGGCUCAAUUACUGCCUUGCAAUCAGAAAAUCUUCAGGAUGACAGCGUCUACGUAAAUGUAUUUAUUACUAGCUUGGCAGAGAUUCCUGGGCUUCUUUUAUCAGCAAUUAUGGUGGAUAGAAUUGGCCGCAAGCUUUCGAUAUCAUUUUUGUUUGUGCUGGCUUGUAUUUCCCUUUUACCUCUGGUUUACCAUCAGUCUGAAACUUUAACAACAGCAUUGUUGUUCGGAGCUCGCAUGAGUAGCAGAGGAGCCUUUGCAGUUUCUUCAAUAUAUGCUCCAGAGUUAUAUCCAACGGCUGUGAGGGCAACUGGUGCUGGAGUUGCAAGUGCUGUAGGGAGGGUUGGUGGCAUGAUAUGUCCUCUCGUGGCAGUUGGACUGGUGACUGGUUGCAAGCUCACAGAAGUUAUCAUUCUGUUUGAGGUUGUGAUGGCGAUUUCAGCAGUCUGUGUCCUGCUCAUCCCGUCUGAAACGAAGGGACAGGAUUUAAGUGACUGCGUAAAUGUAUCUGAUUCAGAAUAA